AUGCCUCGAUCUUGUCUCCUUAGCCUUCGUCAAGCGUAGGUCACUCGUCCAUCCCCCGACAGUCUGCUAAGAUGCUCGCUUUCCUCGCGCUCACCGUGGCCAUGGUCACCGGCGCCAACGCCGCUGCCAAUACAACCACCACGCUCACUCCCGUCCUGCGGCCCGAGUGCAACAAGACGGACCUGGCCAACCUCGUUCCAUCCAACGACAUCACCCUCAACUACGGCGCCGCCGACGACAAGAGCCUCGUCAGCGUCGUCCUGGCCAUGAAGUACCCCUCCGUCGUCCUCGAGGAGGUCGCGGCCAUCGCGAGCGUGGAGUGCGCCGAAGACGCGAGCAUCACCGUCACGUUCAACGCGACGGCCACCUUUGAGCAGACUUCUCAGCAGUGGCAGGCGCUCGACGACUUCGUCAUGGUUACGAAUCACCUGGGCAACUGUGAUGCUGAGAAUGAGCGCGGCUUCUUCUUGGUUGAUACCGUUACCUGGGACGCUGAGUCUCUUCAGGUUGUUGCUAAUGCUCACAAGAGCGACGUUGCCAACACGGCUACCUCAACGGAGAUAUCCUUCUCCAACGUCCCCGUCCAGAACUCUGCCUCUUCUAGACGUGACAUCAAGUGGGACGACGGCGGCGUGGAAAUCACAAACACGCUCGCCCUCCCCGCUAACACGAACCUCUUCACCUACGACCCCUAUCUCUCCGUCACGGCCGACGAGGCCUCCCUGACGUCCAACAUGACCUUUUCCGGCACGCUAAAGUACAGUAUCAUCCCCCUCAAGGUCGAGCAGCUCGCCCUCGACAUCGACACCACCUUCGAAGCGGUCCUAGGUCUCACCGUCGACGUCAAGGCGCCGUACUCUGGUAACUUUACCUAUGAUCCCGAAGACCUGGGCUACAACUUCGUCGACAUCCCCGGCAUCAUCAAACUCGGCCCCGCAAUCGGCUUCGCCAUCGGCAUCGAACUCGAAGCCGACGCCAAAGCCUCAAUCACCACAGACCUAGGCCUCUUCUUCCCCUCGGCAAACCUCCACCUCGACCUCGUCGACGCCAAAGCCUCCUCCGCCACGGGCUGGGACCCGAUUUGGACCGCCCGCGCCAACAUUUCCGAAAAGGCCGCCGUCGGCGUGAACCCCUACGUCGACCUGGGCGUCGAGCUCGUGUUUGAAAUCCUCGGCGGCACCAUCGAUCUCAGUUCGGGGGUGACCUCGCGCUCCAAGCUGGUGAAUGACUUUGCGCUGUCUGCGAGCCAGGAGGUGAAUGGGACUGGUAUCAGUGUGGGGCAGAAUAACGACACGGGGUGCGAGGAGGGUCUUGCGGUGAAGAGUGAUUUCUUCUUUAGUGUUGUUGGGUUUGCGACGCAGUGGUGGUCGCAGGAGCUUUAUAGUGUUGAGGUGCCUGUUGCUGAUGAGUGCUAUACUUGGUUGUGAGCUGUUGUUCAUGGAGGGCGAUGCUGCAGCUGCCAAGGUUUUGGGAAUGGUUACUGAUAUAGUAAUUUCGCGAAUACCGUGGCGAUCUCGCGUCGGCAUCGCCAUGUGCGAAACGAAAUCGGCAAGUCUAGAAAAGUCAAGCUAGCACGGGUCCUUUUGUGUCCCUGGAAAGACGUCAAGCAUGCUUGUCUAGGGUACCACAACCGAGUACAGAUGAUUAUAGACCUGAAGUAGUGUUUAGACCUUGCCUGCUGCCCGGUUCUUUCCUCUAAAGACAAGAGAAACCAUCUCCCUGGCAGGUAUUCUUUGUUCGAGUUCAGAUCAGCCCUGCCGUUUACCUCGAAACAAACGGCAUACGCCGGACAACUUCAAAGACACAAAUUAAGUUCCUGUGGCUAUAGCUUUAAGUAGAUUCAGAAACCUACGUUGGCUACCUAU